GGGGCCGGGGGAGUUGUCAGUGCGGGCGGACCCAGAGUUGAACCUUGUAAAUACUGUUAUUUGUAUAUACUGUAAAUGAUGACAUCGGUGGGCACCACCCGAGCCCGGGGCAGCUGGGAGCAGACACAGACACAGAGCCAGACGCAGCACAAGCAGCGGCCACAGGCUACUGCAGAACAGAUUCGACUUGCACAGAUGAUUUCGGACCACAACGAUGCUGACUUUGAGGAGAAGGUGAAACAACUGAUUGACAUCACAGGCAAGAACCAGGAUGAGUGUGUGAUUGCUCUGCAUGACUGCAAUGGGGAUGUCAACAGAGCCAUCAAUGUGCUGCUGGAGGGCAAUCCUGACACGCAUUCCUGGGAGAUGGUUGGGAAGAAGAAAGGUGUCUCAGGACAGAAGGAGAGUGGACAGACAGAACCCAGUGAAGAAAGCAAGGAGAACCGGGAUCGGGAGCGGGAUUUCAGCAGACGACGUGGAGGGCUGCCGAGGCGAGGCCGAGGUGCCACCCGUGGAAGAGAGUUUAGGGGCCAGGAGAAUGGAUUAGAUGGUGGUAAGAGUGGAGGAUCGUCUGGAAGAGGCACAGAAAGAGGGAGGCGGGGACGUGGCCGAGGCCGAGGUGGCUCUGGACGGCGAGGGGGAAGAUUUUCUGCCCAAGGCAUGGGAACUUUCAACCCAGCUGACUAUGCUGAGCCAGCCAGCACGGAUGAGAACUACGGGAACAGCAACAACACGUGGAACAACACCGGGAGCUUCGAGCCGGAUGAUGGCACAAGUGCAUGGAGGGCGGCGACAGAAGAAUGGGGCACGGAGGACUGGAAUGAAGAUCUGUCAGAGACAAAGAUCUUCACAGCCUCCAAUGUGUCUUCAGUGCCUCUCCCUGCUGAGAAUGUGACAAUCACAGCUGGACAAAGAAUUGAUCUGGCAGUCCUGCUAGGAAAGACACCCUCUUCUAUGGAGAAUGAGUCAACAAACCUGGAGUCAUCCCAGACUCCUUCCCUGGCACAGCCACUGGUGUUCAGCAAUUCUAAACAGAGUGCUCUAUCCCAGCCUGCCUCUGGAAACUCCUUCUCUCACCACAGCAUGGUGAGCAUGUUGGGGAAAGGCUUUGGAGAUGUCGGGGAGGCCAAAGGCAGCAGCACCACAGGGUCCCAGUUCCUGGAGCAGUUCAAGACAGCCCAGGCACUGGCUCAGCUGGCAGCUCAGCACACCCAGCCUGCUGGGAGCACCACUGCUGCUUCCUGGGACAUGGCUUCCACCACACAGACCUCGUCUCUGGUGCAGUAUGAUCUCAAGAAUCCAACAGACUCUUCUGUGCAUAGUCCCUUCACCAAGCGCCAGGGCUUCACAUCAACUUCAACCAUGAUAGAAGUGUUCAUGCAGGAGAAGCAGCCUGUGGUGACUGCCUCCACAACCACACCGGCCCCUCCAUCCUCACCACUGCCCAGCAAAACCAAUCCAGUUCCCCAGAUGUCUCCAGGCUCCUCGGACAACCAGUCCUCAAGUCCCCAGCCAGCACAGCAGAAGCUCAAGCAGCAAAAGAAAAAAGCAUCGUUAACAUCAAAGAUUCCUGCACUUGCUGUGGAAAUGCCUGGCUCCUCAGAUAUCUCAGGGCUAAACCUGCAGUUUGGGGCGUUACAGUUUGGUUCAGAGCCUGUUCUUGCUGAGUAUGAAUCGACGCCCACAACCAGCGCCGCUGUUAGCCAGCCUCAGAGCAGCCUCUACACCAGCUCGGCCAGUGAAUCUUCAUCCACAAUUUCGUCCAAUCAAAGCCAGGAGUCUGGUUACCAGAGUGGCACAAUACAGACAGCAACAUUUACCUCCCAGAACAGUGCUCAGGGACCACUGUACGAACAGAGAUCCACCCAGACGAGGCGAUACCCAAAUUCGAUCUCCUCUUCGCCCCAGAAAGAUCUGACCCAGACUAAGAAUGGUUUCAGUUCUGUACAACCUACGCCAUUACAAACCACACAGGCUGUUGAAGGUGCUACGGGCCCUGCAGUGAAAUCCGACUCCCCCUCUGCUCCCAGCAUUGCCCCUCUCAAUGAUGGGGUGUCUGCAUCGUCCCUGCUGACCACAGCCAGCCAACACUCAACAGCUCUGAGCAGCCUGAGCCACAGUGAGGAGCUCCCCAGUACAAGCACUGCCCAGCUCAGCAGUGCAUUACCCACCCAGCAGAACAGUCUGUCCUCAUCUACAUCCUCUGGGCGAACAUCAACUUCAACCCUUCUGCACACAAGUGUGGAGAGUGAAGCAAGCCUCCAUUCUUCUGCUAGUACUUUCUCCACCUCCUCCAGCACGGUGUCAGCUGCCCCACCGGUUGUCAGUGUCUCCUCCAGCCUCAGCAGUGUCAGCAGCCUGGGCCUCAGCCUCAGCAGCAACUCCACAGUGACGGCCUCGACUCGCAGCUCUGUUGCAACCACAUCAGGAAAAGCCCCUCCCAAUCUCCCUCCUGGAGUCCCACCGUUGUUGCCUAAUCCAUACAUCAUGGCUCCAGGCUUGCUACAUGCCUACCCGCCACAGGUGUAUGGAUAUGAUGACUUGCAAAUGCUCCAGACGAGAUUCCCGUUGGAUUACUACAGCAUCCCAUUCCCUACACCCACCACACCACUGACUGGAAGAGAUGGCAGCCUGAGCAGCAAUCCAUACUCUGGUGAUUUAACAAAAUUUGGCCGUGGUGAUGCCUCUUCCCCUGCUCCUGCAACAACUCUGGCUCAGCCUCAGCAGAGCCAGACCCAGACCCACCACACCACGCAGCAAACGUUCCUGAACCCGGCGCUGCCUCCUGGCUACAGUUACACCAGUCUGCCAUACUACACAGGGGUACCAGGGCUCCCCAGCACCUUCCAGUACGGGCCCGCCGUGUUCCCUGUUGCUCCUACCUCUUCCAAGCAGCAUGGUGUGAAUGUCAGCGUCAAUGCAUCAGCAACCCCUUUCCAGCAGCCCAGUGGCUAUGGCUCUCAUGGGUACAGCACUGGUGUAUCUGUGACAUCCAGUAACACAGGCGUGCCAGACAUCUCGGGCUCUGUCUACUCCAAAACUCAGCAAUCCUUCGAGAAGCAGGGAUUUCACACUGGAACCCCAGCAGCUUCCUUCAACCUGCCUUCAGCUCUGGGCAGUGGUGGCCCCAUCAACCCCGCCACGGCGGCGGCGUACCCCCCGACCCCCUUCAUGCACAUCCUGACCCCGCAUCAGCAGCCUCACUCGCAGAUCCUCCACCACCACCUGCAGCAGGAUGGGCAGAGCGGCUCCGGGCAGCGCAGCCAAGGCAGCUCCAUCCCCCAGAAAUCCCAGGCCAACAAGUCUGCCUACAACAGCUACAGCUGGGGCGCCAACUGAGGCCGGGCCCUCGGCACCACUCGCUUCCAGAAGAGAAUCCCAGUGCCCCCGAUGAUGAGGAAGGACCCCAGGGAGGAGAGAACCCUGCGGCGGGGAGCGCCUGGGCCCCCAGCCCAGCAGGGCCCCGCAGGGCAGGCCGCAGGCGCCUCUGCGUUGUCUGUCUUCAGCCACUUUCCUGUUGUAUGUAAUAUAGAAUUUGUAUUUUUUCUUUUUUUUUUUCUUUUUUUUUUUUCUCUCUCUCUCUCUCUCCGCAUUCAGAUCUGAACCGUUUGCCGUAGGGGCCUUUUUUGGUUUUUACUCCUUUCUAUCCCCUCUCCCAUCCAGCUGCCCCAGAAUCUCUCAGAUCCAAAGGAGUGGAAGCUGCGAGUCGCCUACAGCAAACCCCCUUAUUAUUAGGAUUAAGACCAGUAAUUGAUAUGAGCAGCAUUGUAAGAUUAAUUAGUUGAAGUGUUUUUUUUGUACCGUGUUCUAAAUUUAAUGGAUAAAUGUGUCUUGUAUAUAAAAACAAAAACCCCAUGCUGUCCUCUAGUUCUCUCAUUUCUCCCCCACCCCGCCGAGGGGUCCCCCCUGGUAUUUUAUGUUUUCCAUCUGCGUCCCUCCAUCCUCACGGGCCCAGAGUGCAGGUCCUGCCCUGCUUGCACGCUGUAAGUAUCUUCUGCUUUUGGGUUGGGGAUUUUUUUAUUUUCUUUUUUUUUCCUUUUUUUUUUUUUUUCCUGUUUUGUUUUGUGGGGUUUUGUUUGAUUUGGUUUGGUUUUUUGGGGGUAUUAUUUUUGGUUUUUUCUAUGCAGUCCAGAUCUUGUAUUUUUCAGUUCCACCUGAUCCCUUCAGCUGCAGCCCCAAGCGGGGAUUUACUGAAGAGAAUAAAGAUCACAAAGUGA